UCGGUUGCCAUGUUGGACUAGUGCACUAUUUUCGUGAACUUUGCAGCGAAAUGAUUGAAAAAAAAAGUAAGGAAGACAACGAGUGUGUGACCGGGUUUGUUUUUCUUAUCUCUCUCUAUUUUCCAUAUUCUGCACAAGCGAGUCGACAUCGUUAAUUACUGUUUAGACAACACAGUCUCAGCGUCACUGUGAAGCUUCUCGGGCUAGCUUAGCUUGCUAGCUGCUAACAAAGAGCCGUGGACGUGGUCAACACAUCGCUAAGCAAAGACUGUGUAAAGUGUUGUGAUUGUGUGAAAAUGUGCAAAGUGCAAACGCCGAGAGGUUGGUGAGUCGCCGACUAACUGCGGCUGUUCAAGAAAUAUUUGUAGUGUUGGAAAGAACGAUAGCAGAGUACGAGGAGGAACUUUCUCGAACAGAGAACGAGCAACAACGUCUAAUGGAACUGCUGGACGCUGUUUUCAAAAAGCAUCAAGUUGUGCUACACAGAGCAGAGCGAAGAAGAUCUUCCUUCUGAGCAGCUGGAGUGGAGCUCCGGGAUGGAGCAGGAGAAGCCACAGCCUCCGUACAUCAAGGAGGAAAAGGAGGAGCCGCAGCCCCUCCGUGUUAAAGAGGAACAGGAGGCGCCUCAAGCCCCCCAUGUUAAAGAGGAAGAGGAGCCCCAGGCCCUGUACAUUAAAGAGGAAGAGGAGGAACACCGUAUCAGUCAGGAGGGAGAACAUCUUGAAGGACUGGAGGAGUUCCCAGUGAUUGGUGUCAUUGUGAAGAGUGAAGAUGAUGAAAACAAAGAUGAAAGUGAGGAGAAGGCAGAGAUGGAGCCUCCAAGCAGCAGCUCAACUCUACACAUGACAACAGAAGCUGAUGGAGACCACUGUGGAGGAUCACAAGCAGACAACCUCUUAGCUCCACUAUCAGAUAGUGACGACACAACGUCACACUCUUCUAUCACUGAUGAUGAAGACUCUAAAGCUGAUAUGACAUGUCACACUGACAACACACACUUUAAAUGCUCUCACUGUGACAAAACCUUUAGUGACCGUAGUAAUGUGAGAAGACACAUGAGAUUACACACAGGUGAGAAACCGUUCAUGUGCUCAGUGUGUAAUAAAAGAUUCUCUCAGAAGGCACAUUUGACAGCACACACACCAAUACACACUGGAGAGAAACCUUUUGUCUGUUCAGUGUGUGGUGUAGGUUUUGGACUAAAUCAUCGUUUGAGAACACACAUGAGAAUACACACUGGAGAGAAACCUUUUGCCUGUUCAGUGUGUGGUGUAGGUUUUGCACGAAAUGAACAUUUGAUAACACACAUGAGAAUACACACCGGAGAAAAACCUUUCACCUGUUCAGUCUGUGGUACAGGUUUUGUUCAAAAUCAGAAUUUGAAAAGACACAUGAGAAUACACACAGAUGAGAAACCUUUGAUACCACACCCGCGAAUGCACACUGGAGAAAAAACAUUUACCUGUUCAGUGUGUGGUAUAGGCUUUGGACGAAAUUAUCAUUUGAAAACACACAUGAGAAUACACACUGGUGAGAAGCCUUUUGCCUGUUCAUUCUGUGGUCUAGGUUUUGGACAAAGUCAGAAUUUGAAAGCACACAUGAGAAUACACACUGGUGAGAAACCUUUUGCCUGUUCAGUCUGUGGUAUAGGUUUUGUACAAAAUCAGAAUUUGAAAAGACACAUGAGAAUACACACUGGUGAGAAACCUUUUGCCUGUUCAAUCUGUGGUACAAGUUUUGGACAGAAUCAACAGUUGAAAACACACAUGAGAAAACACACUGAGGAAAAACAUAGUUCUGUUCAGUCUGCAGCAAAAGCUUUUUAGAUCAAACAACACAAGGCACAUGAGAAUACACCCUGGUGAGAAAGUGUUUAGUUGCAGUGUGUGUGGUGAAAGAUUCUCUUCUCAGUACCAGCUUAACAAUCACAAGUGUGCUGGUGAGAACAGCAGCAGCAAAGCAAGCUGCAGGGCUUGAAAUAAACUUAAGAUUUUGAUAACGUUGACUUUCUAAAAACAUCACCACAUAACAUGUGUGACAUCAUUGUUGUGUGUGUGUGUGACACAAUAUUGUUAAUAUGCUUCUACCACUUAAAGGAAUAUGACGUGUCAUGGCUGGCGACCAGUAGCUGGCCAAAGUCAGCUGGGAUAGGCUCCAGCUUACCCAUGACUGUAAUGAGGUAUUGAAAAUACAUGAAUGGAUUGCCAUUUAAGUACAAUAAAAAAAUAGAAA